AUGUCGAACGAUGAACCACGGCCGGUUCGCGUCAUCAUUGCAGGCGACGCGCGCGCGUCGUUCGACGCCUUGUGCGCGCGCGUUGCCGUCGCGCACGCGAACCCAAAAGCCGGCCCGUUCGACGCCGUGCUCGUCGCCGGACGCGUGUACGACGGAGAGAAAGCGAGCGAGACGAUGGAGGCGUACGUCACUGGGGAGAAACAGUGCGCGGUACCGACGUACUUCGUCGAUGCGGACGGUGAGCGGGGAUUGGAGUACGCAAAGGAAAGGGAGAGCGCGACGAACGAAGGCAGAGGCGAGAAAGAGCGAGGGGUGAUCGAGAUCGCACCGAACGUGUAUUUUUUGAGCGAAUCGCGGGUGUAUAACUUGUGCGGGGGAAUGCGCGUGGCGGCGGUGCCGGGGCGGUUCGACGUGCUGUCGUACGAGGAUGCGAGCGCGCUGGGGAAAUCAACUGCGAAGCGAAAUGGCGAGACGACGGAGGACGACGUGACGUCCAUGAAGGCGAGCUUUGAGAAACUCGGGGAGAAUGACGUCGUCGAUGUGUUGAUUACGAGGGAUUGGCCAGCGGGAACGCUGGACGUACACGGACGCGAGCUAGGUAGCGAGGCGAAGAGCGCGAGCUCCACGGGUAGUCCCGUGUCACGAGCGUUGGCACUCACGCUCGCGCCGAGGUAUCACUUCGCGGGAUCACACCCUUUCUUCUUCGAGCGCGAACCAUACAUUAACGUGAAGAGCGCUGCGAUGGAAUCGCCGUGGGUGACGCGUUUCAUUAACAUCGCAUACUCAGGCAAUGAAGAUGGCGAGAAGUGGAUGCACGCGUUGAAGAUCGAGCCAGGUUCGACGAUGGAUAGAGCGGCAUUGACGAAGAUUCCUCCUGACACUGGUCCGAAUCCGUAUAUCGCCGCUCAAGGACAAAAGCGGCGAGCCGCGAACGUGCAGCCAGAUUGGCGAGACGGUCUGAAGAAACCGAAAGCGGCAGAUGGUGAAAGUCAAUCGAGAGAAAUCAAGGGAGAACCAGACAAGACGGUAUAUGUGAGAAACUUGUCUUGGAAAGCAGACGUAGGCGCUAUCUCGGAGUAUUUCGGCGAGUGUGGCGAGUUGGUAGACGUGCACUUAGCGCGCAAGCCGGACGGACAAAGUAGAGGAUACUGCUUUAUUGCGUUUGCAACCGCUGAGGGCGUCCAGGCUGCGCUCGAACGGAAUGAGGCCUCGUUCUUCGGUCGCGAUAUUACCGUGGAGAUGAAGACUGGCAAACCCAGAGAACGAGCUCUACCUCCCAUGGGCACAGCGCCGGGGGGAUGCUGGUUUUGCUUGUCCAACGAGAAGGAUUUGCACUUGGUCGCAAGUAUUGGCAAUGAGUGCUUCUUGAGCAUGGAUAAGGGCGGUCUCACCGACGAGCACUGCCAAGUCGUUCCAGUCGAGCACUUGCCGUCAUUCGCCAACUUGCCAGCCAGCACGGCGGGCGAAAUGUGGGCUUACUUUGACGCGCUUCGUAGCUACGCUGAGACAAAGGAUCAGCAGCUCGUCAUAUUUGAGCGACACUUGGAGCUUCGCAACAAGGGCGGAAACCACUGCCACAUGAAUUGCGUACUCGUUGACGUCGAUCGUGCCGAGCUUUCGGAAAAGAUUUUCAAUCAAGCGGCGAAGAGAUUGGACUUUUCUUGGUCCAAGCUUGAUCCGCCGGCGAACGCGAUCGAGGCGCAAACGGCCAUCAAGGCUGUCGUCGAUGACGGCGAGUACUACGCCGUUCAUCUCCCCGAUGGCUCCAUCUUGAUUCGAGGUAUUGAAAAGGGUGAAAAACAUUGGAUGCAAUUCGGUCGAGAGGUCAUCUCUCACCUCAUAAAGGCUCCCGAGCGUGCGAACUGGCAGAGUUGCAUGCAAGACGAGGACAAAGAGACCGAGAGGACCACCAACUUCGUCCAAGCGUUCGAGAGCUUCGACCCUAUGAAGCAAGCGUAG